AGAAAGAGGAGGAAAAAAGAGUUUGAGAAAGAGAGAGGAACAAUCGCAACCCUAAUUUGCAAGCUAAACCCUAAUCGUUUAGCAUUUCCUCUCAUUGUUUCUCUCUUGUGCUUAAUCGCCGCCGUAAUUUCUUCCUCAUUUCCUUGGGAAAGUUUCCGGAUCCAGAUUUAAACAGCGAUGGUUUUCUGGGUUUUUGGCUAUGGUUCACUGGUGUGGAACCCAGGAUUCGAUUACGAUGAGAAAAUUAUUGGCUUCAUAAAGGACUACAGACGCGUUUUUGAUUUAGCAUGCAUUGAUCACCGAGGAACUCCUGAAAACCCUGCAAGAACUUGCACAUUGGAGCAGAAAGAAGGGGAAAUUUGCUGGGGUGCUGCUUAUUGUGUUCGAGGAGGCCCUGAAAAGGAAAAACUGGCUAUGCAGUAUUUGGAGCGGCGGGAAUGUGAAUAUGAUCAAAAGACUCUUGUAAACUUCUACAAGGAAGGGGAUUCAAUGCACCCUGCUUUAACUGGAGUAAUAGUAUUCACAUCUACACCAGACAAAGAAAACAACAAAUACUACCUGGGACCUGCUCCGCUGCAUGACAUGGCUAGGCAAAUAGCAACUGCUUAUGGUCCUUGCGGAAAUAACAGGGACUACCUUUUCUUUCUAGAAAAGGCCAUGUAUGAUAUUGGCCAUGAGGAUGACUUGGUGAUAGAGCUUGCCAAUGAAGUGAGGAAAGUACUUGGAACGGCGAAUGUACGACCAAAGGACAAGAUAUUAGUUGGAUCAGCACAACUUCAACACCCUCCUCAUGUAGCCAUCCCAACCCUUCAACCUAUUGCUUUGGAUAGAUGAGGGGCCAGAGAUGGCUGAAACUGAUGCUGAUUUUGGCAACUAAACUGAUUCUCUGCGGACACUGCUAACCAUUCAUUUUCAAAAAAUUAAAAAUAAAAUAACAGAUAGCUGUUCCACGCGCCUAGUUUUACGGUUUUUCCAGCCAUUCCCUUGAAAAGGUUAAAAUUUAUUAUCAUUAUUGUUUUUUAGUUUACAACAAUCCUACUGAGUAGAGAGUUUUUUCAUAGCUAUUUCGAAAUGAAUACUUAUGUUUUCGAGCAAGUACUUAUCUUUUUGUGUAGUAUGUAGAUGUUUGGUUUUGUUUACUUGCAGCAUCACAAUAGAUGGAUUUUACUUUAAGGCUGUUUCUUGUUCUUUUGGUUUCACUACUGUAGAUUUUGUCAGAAAUGGGAACUAGUUUUGAUGUACUAGUUGAUUAAGUUGGGGUGUGGGGUAUAUUGACGUGAAUCUAAUUUUGAAAAAUACAGUAGCGCCUGGCAAUCAAAGGUCAUUCUUAUUUCUUAGGGUAGUGCGAGAAAGAAAAGAAUUUGUGCCGCUAGCUGAUAUCUUCUGUUCCACUAAUGUAAUUUUUUUUGUGUGUUUGGUUGAGGUUUUCUUUUGGAUAGAUGGGAAAAUGUGGGUAGGUAUCUCAAAAUGCUAUGUUUGGUACAAGUUUAUGAAAAAAAGUCUAGGAAAGAAGUUUGCAUAGGAAAUUAUAUUUCAGUUGAUUUUGUGCUCAAAUUCACUGUUUAAGAAUACUUUUUGAGAUGUGGUAUUUAUGGAAAACUAGGGAAGUAGAAAACUGAACGUGAAAAUUGUUACCAAAAUGACCCUUCAUUUUGUAUUAGAAAACUAAUUGUGAAGUUGUAGAUUUACGUAAACAAUGAUUUCUCAUGGUCAUACGCAAGCUAUUGAGAUUCAAAAAUAAAAAAAGGUUACUUUCGUCAUUUUAUAUCAUUUUCUUAUCAAUAUUUUACACUCAAUCAAACGUAGACUUACAAAAUUUUAAUCAAUUUAUCCGGUAAUAUUUUGUCUAAUCAAUUAACUUUUUUUACAUUGUCUUACUAAAUCACUUUCCAAUCAUUUCUCUAGUAAUUAUAUUUUUUUAGUA